UCCGGCGCAUGGCUAGUGGUUUGUGUUUAGCAGCUAAAUGGUUUGCUAUCAACAUAACAGAUAGUCUGUUAAGCAUUCAUUUGUAAAAUGACGUUUAGCAAUAUUACAGACAUAUGGUAAAGCUACUAAAGCAAGCAGACUGCACGUGACUUACGAUUUUCCCCGUUUCUAAGUCAUCUUUAGAUACAGCUAACAUACAGCUUCUGCAAUGGCAAGUGCAGCCAACGCCAACCUGAACGCAGUACGAGAGACCAUGGAAGUGUUACUGGAGAUAUCCAGGCUGCUAAACACCGGUUUGGACAUGGAGUCUCUCUCCAUCUGUGUUCGUCUAUGUGAACAGGGUAUUAACCCAGAAGCGCUGUCCUCAGUGAUCAAAGAACUGCGGAAAGCUUCAGAGUCCCUAAAGACUUCAGAAAAUGGCACAAGCUGAAGAAAGGAAGAGAUGGCUUCUGGUCCUGAAUGGAACUUGUGUGUUAAAGACAUCAGCCAAUCAUGCUUUUUUUUUGUUUUGUUUUUUUUGAGUAAAAUCCUUUGUCUUCUCUUAGAUGAACAGGAUUUACUUGACACAUUUUUAUAGAUGUUGCAUUACAUUUUGCCCCUAACUUUUCAUUUUAAGUUAUACAUUUCCUUUGUUUAAUUUGACUUUAAACGUGUUGAAUAUUCUGUUGUUUUACUGUAAAAUUAAAAACAUAACAGCAAAUGCCCACAAGAUGGUGCUGUUUCAUUCUUUCUGUGCCAAGCGUUUUCAAAAAAAUGUGCCUGUUAUGAUAUACUUUUAACAAUUAUAAAUUAUACUUAUAAUGGGAUCUCAUUCAAGACUGAUCAGUAAAGCAGUACCUAAUGUAAUGGCAAAAGAGAAAUACAUUUUUAUUUAUUA